UGUUACACAUAUAGAACUUUGCCCUCUCACUUUACCUUUGGACUACCUGGGAUUCAGCUACAGCGGACUUAAACGUUUUCUAACUGGAGGUAUUUUAACUGGCUUUCACCUGCUGAGUAUGUUUGUUGAGUUUCUCUUGGCAGGUACCAUCACUGCUGGAGUUAAGCUGUCUCAGGGAGUUGACUUGUAUACAUCUGUCUGACUGGGAGUUAAUACCUUCUGUUUCCUGUUGGAAGUCACCAGUCAGAAGGAGCUCAACUGUGUCUCUCUGACUGGCUGCAAUCAACAAGGGUUUUACUUUACGUCUUCAGCUAACCUGUACAGGAGUUUUCCUGUGUAAAGAAGUUCACCUGUGUGACUGGAAUACCAUCUGACCACCUGGAUUAACUAAAGACUUGAUCUCCCACUGGGGUUCACCAUGCUCAGAGUCAAGCUCUGAAUUCCUCCAGCCGUGUGUGUAUGUGUCUGUGUGAACGUGAGUCAAGAUGAUGCAAGAAGUUUCCAUCGCGGUAGCAUAUGACGCCCACAUCGUAGACCAGAUGACUGAGGAGAUCCUGGCCUGCCUCGUGACCGAGUCCUCAUCUCAACACAUGGUUUCCAAUGGGAUGGAGAAACAGCCACAGCAGCUGUGUGACCCAAUAGACAGAUACCAGACAGAGAACCUUCAGCUGCAGCAGGCCAGUCUGCGUUUAGAGCAGGAGAAUGAUGUUUUGGCUCACAGACUGGUCACCAGCAAGAUCUCCCUGAGGGCUGCCCUUGACCAGGCAGAAGACAGAGCUGAUGAGCUGACAAAAGAGUUGCUGAUUACCAGGAAGAAACUGAAGGAUACUGUGGAAGAGAAGAGAAGGAAGGAGGAAGAGACUGUUCAGCUAAAGGACGCGUUCAGGGGAGAGCUAGACAGGACAGAAUCAGAGGUGAAGAGGAGCUCAGGCAUUAUCUCAGACUACAAACAGAUCUGUUCCCAGCUGACCCUUCGGAUAGAGAGGCAGCAGGCAGCACACAGAGAGGAGCUGCAACACCUCAGAAACGCUGUGUCGGGGUGCUCACGCUGUCAACAGGCCCUAGGUUCUGGUGUCACGGAGGCCGGUGAACUGGACCGGUGGGAAGACCUGGAGAAAGAACCAGACCUGCAGAUAGCAGCUACCAGCCAGCCAGACCAGGAGAAGCUGUGUCUGAGCCUCCGGGUCACGGAGCUGGAGAAGGAGCUAGCCCAGACUAAACUACAGAUGGUGGAGGCUAAGUGCAAGAUCCAGGAGCUGGAGCACCAGAAGAGGGCGCUACAGAAUGAUCUCCACACUGCUCAGGACAGCUGGCUCAAUAAGACUCUCAGCUCCAUACGGUCGGCCAGAGGCGGCCGGCAGAUCAGCAGCCGCCCCAGGGACAGAUCCUCAACGCUGGGGGGUUCCCUUCACGGCCUCCCCCUUUCAGCCUGGAGCUCCAAGAGACUGUCAUGGGGCCCAAGGGAGGCCCGGGAGGAGUCAAGUGACAGUGAGGCAGGGGAGUGCAGGGCACGCAAGGAAAUGGAUUGAGGAUAUAGACAUUGGAGUUAUCCAAAAUUGGUGGUGGUUUCUUUCCCAACUUUACUUGCUAUUUUUGUUGUAAUUUUUCAUAUGUAUGUAAAGACAUUGCUAGCUGCACUGGGUUGGUUGUCCCUGUCAUUAAGCAUGUAGAAGUUGUGUAGAAGUCCUUACUUCCAGGGCUAACGCUCCUUUAUGCAUGAA